AUGACUUCCAUCGACUCGAUCGUUAUCCCUUGUCCGUUCGACGCCCAUGUUCAUCUUCGCCAGCCUGGUGAGCUUCUCGAAUUGGUGGUCGCUCAAAUUGCCAGUGGAGGGAUUCAAUCGGUGUAUGUGAUGCCGAACACUGUUCCACCCAUAACCACGCUAGAAAUGGCGGUCAAGUACCGACAGACUUUGGAAAAACUGGAACCCUCCAUUCAGUUCUUUAUUUCUCUAUAUCUUUCGCCCUCACUUACUCCAAGCGAUAUACGUAGAGCCAAGGCAUGUGGUGUAUCCGGUGUGAAAAGCUAUCCUCGCGGAGUGACCACUAAUUCGGCUGAGGGUGUCGAAUCUUACGAAAUCUACUAUCCGGUUUUUGAGGCAAUGGAACAGGAGAACUUGGUACUGAAUUUGCAUGGCGAAGUACCCUCAACCCAGACCGGUGAUACCUGUGUUUGGAACGCCGAAUCAAAAUUCUUACCGCAGUUGCUCGAAAUUCAUCGGCGGUUUCCCCAGCUCAGAAUAAUCUUGGAGCACGCCACUACAAGGGAUGCUGUGGAAGCCGUAAAAGCAUGCGGGCCAACCGUGGCUUGUACGAUCACCUUGCACCAUCUCUCAUUGACCAUCGAUGAUUGGGCAGGUAAUGGACUUAACUUCUGCAAGCCUGUAGCCAAGUCACCGGAUGAUCGUGAGGCAUUAAGACAAGUAAUUCGCGAGGGACAUCCCCGAUUCUUUUUAGGGUCGGACUCGGCGCCCCACCCACUUCAUCGAAAGUUGCCAAACACGACUUCACAAUGCUGUGCCGCAGGAAUUUACACGACUGCAUAUCUCUUACCGACCUUAGCAUCGAUAUUUGAAUCAGCCGUUCCCCCCCCUCUAGCGACUCAGGGGAAGGCAUCAACGAUGGAAAGAAAAAUCCACAGCCCUAUCCCACUCGAACGACUUCUGGACUUUUCCAGUACUUUCGGACGACGCUUUUAUGAUUUACCCAGCCCCUCGUUGCCCAGAACCGUAACCCUCAUUCGGGAUCCUUCAUCCUUGAUUCAGCAUAGCUUUACGUAUCAAUACCCUCCUGUGUCUACUGAGCUCCAUAAAAACAAUGCCACAUCGUCUCUGGAAACUCAGACUCAGAAAGGUGUCUCGCUUGUUCCGUUCUGGGCUGGUAGGAGGGUUGGUUGGAAGAUCGAAUAA